CAGCAUGGCGGCGGCGGACGAGGAGGCGGCGGGCGACGUGCAGCGCUUGCUCGUGCAGUUCCAGGAUGAGGGCGGCCAGCUGCUGGGCUCCCCCUUCGACGUGCCCGUGGACAUCACGCCCGACAAGCUGCAGCUCGUGUGCAAUGCGCUGCUGGCCCAGGAUGAGCCCCUGCCUCUUGCCUUCUAUGUCCAUGAUGCAGAGAUUGUCUCCUCACUGGGGAAAACCCUGGAGUCCAAGGAAGUGGAGACAGAGAAAAUCAUAGACAUCAUCUACCAGCCUCAGGCUAUCUUCAAGGUCCGGGCAGUGACACGCUGCACCAGCUCCUUGGAGGGUCACAGCGAAGCAGUCAUUUCUGUGGCUUUCAGCCCCACGGGAAAGUACCUUGCCAGUGGCUCUGGAGACACCACUGUGCGCUUCUGGGAUCUCAGCACUGAGACACCACAUUUCACAUGCAAUGGACACAGGCACUGGGUCCUUAGCAUAUCCUGGUCCCCAGAUGGAAAGAAACUGGCAUCGGGAUGCAAGAAUGGCCAGAUUCUUCUGUGGGACCCAAGCACAGGAAUGCAGGUGGGUAGGACCCUCGCUGGCCACAGCAAGUGGAUUACAGGCCUGAGCUGGGAGCCUCUCCACGCGAACCCUGAGUGUCGCUACGUGGCCAGCAGCUCCAAAGACGGCAGCGUACGGAUCUGGGACACAACUUCAGGCCGUUGUGAACGCAUCCUCACUGGGCACACGCAGUCUGUCACUUGCCUCCGAUGGGGCGGGGACGGGCUGCUUUACUCAGCCUCCCAGGAUCGCACCAUCAAAGUCUGGAGGGCCCAUGAUGGUGUGCUGUGCCGAACUCUUCAAGGCCAUGGUCACUGGGUGAACACCAUGGCACUCAGCACCGACUAUGCCCUGCGUACAGGAGCCUUUGAACCUGCUGAGGCCACAGUUAAUGCUCAAGACCUGAAGGGGUCCUUGAAGGAGCUGAAGGAGAGGGCAUUGAGCCGCUACAACCUGGUGCGGGGCCAAGGACCAGAGAGGCUGGUGUCUGGCUCAGACGACUUCACCUUAUUCCUGUGGUCCCCAGCAGAAGACAAAAAGCCCCUGACACGGAUGACGGGACACCAGGCCCUCAUCAACCAGGUUCUCUUCUCUCCUGACUCCCGCAUCGUGGCCAGUGCCUCCUUCGACAAGUCUGUCAAGCUGUGGGAUGGCAGGACGGGCAAGUAUCUGGCUUCCUUGCGUGGCCAUGUGGCUGCUGUGUACCAGAUUGCCUGGUCAGCCGACAGCCGGCUGCUGGUCAGUGGCAGCAGUGACAGCACACUGAAGGUGUGGGACGUGAAGGCCCAGAAACUGGCCACAGACCUGCCAGGCCACGCAGACGAGGUAUAUGCCGUUGACUGGAGUCCGGAUGGCCAGAGAGUAGCAAGUGGCGGGAAAGACAAGUGCCUCCGGAUAUGGAGGCGAUGAAGCCACAGCUCUCCAGCCCCCACCGGGACUUGGCCUCUGCCAUCUGCCCCCCCUGCCAGAGAGCGGCAGUGCACUUACCCUCCUCACCAGCAGUGACCUGGGGACAUGUGUGGCUACCUGCUUUGGGAUAGGUCCCUACCUGUGGCAUGGAGUCCCUGGGGUUGUACUGAGCUAAGCCAUGGGCUCCUCGUCUCUUGCUGGUGUUGACAGCAGUGGCGGAAGCCAGGCUCCCCACAGGGCCUCUGCAGCUCCCCCUUCUCAGUGUCAGCUGGCCAUGCUGUGACCAAAUAAAUAACUUAUAUUUUGUGUGUUUGAA